UUUGCAGUUAUUGUGAAUUAAAUUCAGUGGAUAUUACAUAAAUUAAGUGGUAUCUGUUCGGAUUGUUAUAAUGAAUCCAGUAUUAACGUGAAAUAGAGUGUAUAUCGCAGCGGCAUAUCGAUUUCGGGUCUUGAAAAGCAAAAGAAUCCAGUAGUACAAAAUGCUGUUAGAAAAUGUAGUUUUAUUUGAUGGAGGUUGGAGUCCGGCUGGUAGGCGUGAUCCUGCGCAUACUGAACCUGCUCCUUACGCCAAUAUUCUGGCUUCGAGCGCGCAACAACAAGCGAGUGCCGCCAAUCAAAGACGACAUCCUGCUGAGGAGCGCGACCGACCUGGCCGCUGCUAUACGGAAAGGAGAGCUCACAAGUGAAAGAAUAACGCUCGCGUUCAUCGCGCGAACCCAAGAAGUGAAUAUUCUCCUAAAUGCCGUGGUCGAUGAUAGAUGUAGUGCAGCUCUAGAAGAAGCCCGAGCAUUAGAUCUGGAGAUCAGUAAAGCUAGACGGGAGGGAAGGGUGGAGCAAUUGUUUAAGGAUAAACCGCUGUUGGGAGUCCCGUUCACUGUUAAGGAGAGUUGCUCUUUGGAAGGUCUAUCAAACGCAGUAGGAUGCCUAGAAUUCGCGGGUCGGAAGGCUACCAAAGAUGGGGAAGCGGUUCGUCGCAUGAAGCUAGCUGGAGGCAUUCCCUAUUUAGUGACCAAUACGCCAGAACUUUGUCUCGGGUGGGAAACCACCAAUUUGCUUUCUGGGACCACGAAUAACCCGUACUGCUUGAAUAAAACGCCUGGAGGCUCUUCGGGAGGAGAGGCGGCCUUAUUAGCAUGCGGCGCGUCACCAAUAAGCGUGUCAUCGGAUAUCGCAGGCUCCAUUCGCAUCCCGGCGGCUUUCUGCGGCGUGUUUGGACACAAACCGAGCCCGGGUAUAAUACCAAUAGAGGGUCACAUUCCCACCCUUAACGAUGAGAACUACAGCAAGUUCCUAGCGGUAGGGCCCAUGAGUCGACAUGCGGAGGAUCUGCCCUUGCUCAUGAAUAUCAUGGGCGGGGACGCGUGUAAGAAAUUGGAUCUGGACAAACCGGUGGAUUUCACAAAAUUGAGGGUGUUCGUAAUGACGGAAGCGUCGAAAUCAAUAGCGCUGUCCCGAGUGAGUAGUGACAUACAGCACGCGCUGCGACGAGCUGCCAACGCGCUGCAGGCGAAAGGCGCUACACGGUGCUAUGAUGAUUUUAAAGAUCUCGACGAUUCGGUUGAGAUGUCCAUUUCUGUGUUUUUCGCUAUGAAGGACAUUCCAAACAUGCUACAAGACCCGGCUAAUCCUAAGCAAGACAAAAACCUUUUUACGGAACUGGUAAAAUACGUUUUUGGUCUCGGAUCUCGAUCUCUUCAAGGGCUGGGUUUCGCACUCAUACACAAGUCAAAUUUAUUCAUUCCCGAUAAUAGAACUAAAUACUAUCAAGAAAAGGCUGAGAAGUUUAAGGAACAUAUCCAGCGGUUGCUAGGCGACACGGGCGUGCUGCUGUACCCGGCGCACAGCGGGCCUGCGCACGCGCACGGCCGCGUGUUCGUGCGCGCCGCUGGUGUUGCCUACACCAUGCUGCACAACGUGCUGGGCCUGCCCGCCGCCGCCGUGCCCGUGCCCGCGCGCCCGCUGCCGCUCGCCCUGCAGGUUAUAGCAGCUCCAAAUCAAGACCGCCUAUGUUUAGCAGUAGCCAAAGAAUUGGAAAACGCCUUCGGAGGCUGGCAAUUUCCCCAUGCUUAAAUUUUAGGAUACUACUUGUAAAUAAUUUCUUGUAUUGUUAUUGUAACCGUAAACAUUAUAACUAAUGUCAAGAUAAAAAUUAUUUUUUAAAAUUAUGUACAGAUUUUUAUUGUGAAUGUUGUAAUGUAAGAGACUUUUUAAAAGAGAUUUUUACAUGUGUUUCUAUAAAUAAACUGAUGAAAAUAACUGAAUGAAAUAUCAAUUGAAUAAUGCCAAAAUAUAUUUUACAAUUAGCACUCAAAGUCCACUUUCAUAUACCUACGCAUAAAGUAUUAACAUUAUUUUGUGCGCACAAUGCACAUAUUGUAAUAAGAGAUUUAAAUUGUGAAUAUUAUAAAAUACAUAUUACAUAAAAUAAAAGUAAUUUUUAGCACAGAGCCAUCUCUGUUGUUGUAUCAUUCAUAGUUCAUUAAAUUUACUUAUAAAGUUGAAUGUGAUACAGCCACUAGUAUAACGUGGUAUUGUUGGGUAAGUUGAAAGUAUUCUUUAGGAUAAGUACUUAUUUAAUUCUUCUCUGUUUCAAUGAGGAUUUAAAUUCCCUUCUUUUCUAUGGAAAUGGAAUGAAGACAAUUGAUAAAAAUAUUUAUUAACUGUCAUAAGUUUUACUAUUCAUGUUAUCAAUAAUAAUAAAUUUAGAAAAAUACCUACCUACUAAUUUAAACUGGUUUUUGCCUAAUAUUUAUUGUAAAUAAUGAAAUAAUAUACAACAAUUUUAAUAAAUAUAAUAGUAUAUAAUUUAAUUUGGUCUGUUUACAAUUAUAUAUUUAAUGAAGUAAGAAUCUCGAAAAAUCUUUAUUUUGUUGAUGUUUUUUAAUGUUUGGUUUUGCUACAAAAUAAAUCUUCAUGUGAUAAUG